CAGAGCAGCAACUGCUGAGAACACCUUGAGAAGAAGAUGACCCUAAACAGAGCCCUGAUUUGGGGGGCCCUCACCCUGACCACCGUGCUGAGUCUCUGUGGAGGUGAAGACAUUGUGGCUGACCACGUUAGGGCCUAUGGCAUAAAUGUCUACCCCUACUACGGUUCCUCGGGCCAGUACACCCAUGAAUCUGAUGGAGAUGAGGAGUUCUACGUGGACCUGGACAAGAAGGAGACUGUCUGGCAGCUGCCUAUGUUUAGUGAAUUUAGAAAUUUUGACCCUCAGGUUGCACUGAGAAACAUGGCUAUUGCAAACUACACCCUGGGCAUCCUGAUUAAAAGCUCCAACUCUACCGCUGCUCCCAAUAAGGUUCCUGAGGUGACUGUGUUUCCCAAGUCUCCCGUGGAGCUGGGCCAGCCCAACACCCUCAUCUGUGCCGUGGACAACAUCUUCCCUCCUGUGAUCAACAUCUUGUGGCUGACCAACGGGCACUCAGUCACACAGGGUGUUUCUGAAACCAGCUUCCUGUCCAAGAGGGAUCAUUCCUUCCUCAAGAUCAGUUACCUCACCUUCCUCCCUUCUGCUGACGACGUCUAUGACUGCAAGGUGGAGCACUGGGGGCUGGACCAGCCACUCCUGAAGCACUGGGAGCCCGAGAUUCCAGCCCCCAUGUCAGAGCUGACAGAGACAGUGGUCUAUGCCCUGGGGCUGGCAGUGGGCCUCGUGGGCAUCGUCACGGGCACCGUCUUCAUUAUCCAGGGCCUGCCCCCAGGUGGUGCCUCCAGACACCAAGGGCCCUUGUGAGUCACACUCCAGAAGGAAGGUGUGUUGUCAAUCUUAAGAGCAAAGGAGUGAACAUGCUGGGUGACCUGGCACUAUUCGCUGGCGACAGAAUUUGAAUAACCUUGAUAUGCAGGCAGGGCCUUAAGAUGGUGUACAAAUACCUUGCUAGUGCUCCCUUCAGCAGCACAUUUACCAAAAUCAGAACAACACUGAGAUUAGCAUGGUCCCUGCGUAAGCAUGACACACACAUUAUUGAAGCAUUCCAUGAUCUUUUACAUAAAUGCCUAACCACCGUGCUGUACACCUGAAACUAAUAUAAAACAAUAUUGACUGUCAACUGUAAUUGAAAAUUAAAAACAAAAAAUUUGCUAGUUAUAAGCAUAAUUAAUUAAAAGCAAUGGAUCCCAUUAUAUGAAAGGCACUUUUGUGUUUUGAGCCCUUUAAUGAUUUAGGAGAUUCAAACGUGAAGCUAUGGAUAAAUUUCUUUUCAUACAAUAAUUG